UACUCAAACUCAAAGUCAUAGUUCUAUUGCUCAACAAGCAAGAAGAGAAUGUGAGAGAAUGGAAAAAAUUACUAAUCAAAGAGUAUUUGCUUCAUCUAACCAAAAUACUCAAACUCAAAGUCAAAGAUCUAUUGCUCAACAAGCAAGAAUAAAUUGUGAAAGAGCUAAUAAUUCAAAUAAUCAAAGAGUAAUUUCUCUAUCUAACCAAAAUAUACAAACUCAAAGAUCUAUUGCUCAACAAGUAAGAAGAAAACAUAAAAGAAUAGAAAAUAUUACUAAUUGA